CUUUGUUCCUCUUCCGUCGUCGACAAGGGCAAAGGUCACGACAAGCGCCAACGCGCAUCACUUCUUCUUCAAAAACCGGCCUCUAGCUUCUGUCCAGAGCUAUCGAGCUUACUCUUCAUCAUGUCCAAGGAGGAUGCCCAAGUCGGCGUGGUCCCCCCCACGUACGACUCCGAAAAGGGCGCUCGCCACACCGCCGGUGAUGGCCAUGUUCCCGAGAACUUUCGCGAGGAUGACUUCAUGACCCGCAAUGGCUUGAACCUCAAGAGUUUCCAGCGCCGUGACUGGGGAACUGGCGACACUGAGCUCGAUCGCUCCAUGAAGCCUCGUCACUUGCAAAUGAUUGCCAUCGGUGGCUCCAUCGGUGCUGGUUUCUUCGUCGGUUCCGGUAGCGCCCUCACCAAGGGUGGCCCGGGCUCUGUCCUCAUCUGCUUCUUGAUCGCUGGUGUCAUGAUCUUCAACGUCGUCUACGCUCUCGGUGAACUCGCUGUACUGUACCCUGUCUCUGGUGGUUUCUACACCUACUCUAUCCGCUUCCUUGAUCCUUCCUGGGGUUUCGCUAUGGGCUGGAAUUAUGUCUUCCAAUGGGUUAUCGUUCUACCACUCGAACUGACAGUCUGCUCGUUUACGAUACAAUAUUGGAACAAAGAUAUAAGUGUCGCAGUAUGGAUCACCGUCUUCUGGCUCUUUAUCAUCUUCGUCAACGUUUUCGGAACCUUGGGCUUCGCCGAGGAAGAGUUCGUCUCCUCUGCCUUCAAGCUCUUUGCCACCGUCAUCUUCAUGGUCGUCGCCCUUGUUCUCAUCUGCGGCGGUGGCCCUGAGGGUGGAAAGUACGAUGAAUACUGGGGAGACCGUCUCUGGAGCGACCCCGGUGCGUUCCAGAACGGCUUCCGUGGCUUCUGCUCUGUCUUCGUUACCGCCGCUUUUGCCUUCUCCGGUACCGAGCUUGUCGGCCUCGCUGCUGCUGAGUCCGCCAACCCCGCCAAGUCCCUUCCUGGUGCCAUCAAGCAGGUGUUCUGGCGUAUUACCCUUUUCUACGUCUUGGGUCUUACCUUUGUCGGCCUUCUCGUCAGCUCUACCGAUGAGCGUCUCCUGAACUCCGCCAACCCCUACGCCGAUGGUGUCUCCCCUUUCGUCCUGGCCCCUCUUGAUGCCCACCUCUACGGAUACGACAGCUUCAUGAACGUUGUCAUUCUUGUCUCCGUAGUCUCUAUUGGUGUUUCUUGCGUCUACGGUGGUUCCCGUACCUUGACCGCCCUUGCCCAGCAGGGAUACGCCCCCAAGAUCUUCACCUACAUUGACCGAUCAGGCCGUCCCCUGCCUUCCGUCGCCCUCAACCUCGCUUUCGGUGGCCUGGCUUACGUCCGCAUGGCGUCUUCCGGAGGUGUUGUUUUCGACUGGCUCUUGUCGCUUUCUGGCCUUGCCGCCCUUUUCACCUGGGGAUCCAUCUGCGCUGCCCACAUUCGUUUCCGCUCUGCAUGGAAGGCCCAGGGCCACACCCUCGACGAGCUUCCCUUCCAGGCCAUCGGUGGUGUUGCUGGCUCUUGGCUCGGCCUGUUCCUGAUUGCUAUCUCUCUGAUCGCCCAGCUUUUCGUCGCUAUCUGCCCCCCUGGUGGCGGCUUCGCCACCGCUGAGGACUUCUUCAAGGCUUACCUUGCCCUGCCCGUCGUUCUCUUCUUCUGGGCUUGCGGUUACUUGUGGAAGCGCAAGGGCUUCUUGAAGCUUUCCGAAAUCGACCUCGACACUGGUCGCCGUGAGGUUGACUGGGAUGAAGUCAACGCCUACCGCGCGAAGGUUGCCGCCUGGCCCACGUGGAGACGGUGGGCAAGCACUAUCUUCUAA